GCGAGAACAGCUGAAUAAUUGGGAGAUGGAAGUUGCUGCUGCUCCCGGAGAGGUCUGUUCGGCUAUUGCAUUUUCCUUUUUUUUUUCCCCCUGUUCUUUAAAGACAAACACCUGAUCAUCAUCCAUCUGCAAAAGUGAGUUUUUAUUGAAGAGGCUGCAGCUGCUCUCUUCUUGCCAGCUCCCUGGAGAGGCUCACAGAGGGAGCUGCUUCUCGGGCAUGGCACGACAGCAGUGCCAGCAGAUUUGAAAGCGCAGGAACAGCCAUUGUAUGCAGUUUCCAGCCUUAGGACACCCCAGGCUAGCUUCCAAAAAGCUGGAGACCCUUGGUAUUGUGGUCACAUCCCUCCUCCCAAGUGAACAGUCACCACCGGCGGCGGUUGGAGGGAGCUGUGAUGUUGCAGAUGCUGUGGCAUUUUCUGUCUAGCUUUCUCCCUAGGGCUGGGUGCCAGGGCUCCAGAGAGGGGACAGAUAACGAAGUCAGAGGCACCCAAGCUCCUGCUCAAGGAGACCAGGUGUCAAGCUUUUUGGGAAAACAAAACGGAAGGGCUGAAGCCACAGACAAGAGACCCACCAUUUUGCUAGUGGUCGGACCUGCGGAGCAGUUUCCUAAGAAAAUUGUACAAGCUGGAGAUAAGGACCUCGAUGGGCAGCUGGACUUUGAAGAGUUUGUCCAUUAUCUCCAAGACCAUGAGAAGAAGCUGAGGCUGGUGUUUAAAAGUUUGGACAAAAAGAAUGAUGGACGUAUUGACGCUCAGGAGAUCAUGCAGUCUCUGCGGGACCUGGGCGUCAAGAUAUCUGAGCAACAGGCUGAAAAAAUUCUCAAGAGAAUACGAACGGGCCAUUUCUGGGGCCCUGUCACUUACAUGGAUAAAAAUGGCACGAUGACAAUCGACUGGAACGAGUGGCGAGACUACCACCUUUUGCACCCGGUGGAGAAUAUCCCCGAGAUCAUCUUGUACUGGAAGCAUUCUACGAUCUUUGAUGUGGGGGAGAACCUGACCGUCCCCGAUGAGUUCACAGUGGAGGAAAGACAGACAGGCAUGUGGUGGAGACACCUCGUGGCAGGAGGCGGGGCAGGGGCCGUAUCCAGAACCUGCACGGCCCCAUUGGACAGACUCAAGGUGCUCAUGCAGGUCCAUGCCUCACGCAGCAACAACAUGUGCAUCAUUGGUGGAUUCACCCAGAUGAUUCGAGAGGGAGGGGCUAAGUCACUCUGGCGGGGCAACGGCAUCAACGUCCUCAAAAUCGCCCCCGAGUCAGCCAUCAAGUUCAUGGCGUAUGAACAGAUCAAGCGUCUAGUUGGGAGUGACCAGGAGACUCUGAGGAUCCACGAAAGGCUGGUGGCCGGGUCCUUGGCAGGUGCCAUCGCCCAGAGCAGCAUCUACCCCAUGGAGGUUCUAAAGACCAGAAUGGCCCUGAGGAAGACAGGCCAGUACUCGGGCAUGCUGGACUGUGCCAGGAAGAUCUUGGCCAAGGAGGGUAUGGCCGCCUUCUACAAAGGCUACAUCCCCAACAUGCUGGGGAUCAUCCCCUAUGCUGGAAUAGACCUAGCUGUCUACGAGACACUCAAGAAUGCCUGGCUGCAGCGCUAUGCAGUAAACAGCGCAGACCCCGGCGUGUUCGUGCUGCUGGCCUGUGGUACCAUGUCCAGCACCUGUGGACAACUGGCCAGUUACCCUCUAGCUCUUGUCAGGACUCGGAUGCAGGCGCAAGCUUCCAUUGAGGGUGCGCCGGAGGUAACCAUGAGCAGCCUCUUCAAACAGAUUCUGCGGACCGAGGGGGCCUUUGGCCUCUACCGAGGGCUGGCCCCCAACUUCAUGAAGGUGAUCCCCGCUGUGAGCAUCAGCUACGUGGUGUAUGAGAAUCUGAAGAUCACCCUGGGCGUGCAGUCACGAUGA